CUCGUUCAGUCCAAGUGGAACCGUCGAGCAAAGUGGUCGUGCUUUUCGCAAAGUCCUGUGCAGUGUCCCUUAUUCGGAAGAGUUUCCCUCUUCAUCUCUGUGUCUCUGUGAAUUGUGAGCUCAUCGGAGCGGAGUGGUGCGUGUCUGUAUAGUAGUACUAGCUCUGGCGGUGGGUACUCGCAACCAAUACCUACGGAAAGGAAAAGUGCAUAACUCCUAUCUCAAUGUUUGUAAUUCGCUGAAAUUCAGUAGCAGCCAGCAGUCAGUGGAAGUACGCGUACAGGUCAGAACAGUGAGAACAGACCAAGUCAGUGUAGCGAGCUAGUCAACCUGCCAUCAUCAGCAGCGGCCCCAAUCAUCAUCGCACAGUAACGAGGAGCAAACGAGGACUAGCAGCAGGCCGUGAGAAAAAGAGAAAGCAUCGAGAACGUCGCCUGCUUCGUCAAUGUGCUGUGGAUGAGUGUGCAAAUAUCUAUCAGUGGUGAUAUCUGCUGAAGAAGUGGUACACAAUUUUAUUGUGCUCUCAGUGUGGAAGGAAAAAAAGCGAAUAUCCAAGCAGGCCGAGGAAAAAUAUAGUGGCUGCUCUGUUACUAUUUCCGUGCGGCGAAAAAACCAAAGUGCAAGGUGCGUGGAAAAAAAUUGUCUCAGUGAAACACUAAUCGCCAUUGCGAGAAGAACACAGGAAAAAUUUGUCCGAUUGCGAGUGUCGUGAAAAAGAGGCGCCCCGGGUGAAAAACGGACGGUUUUACGACGGAAGAAAAUUUCAAGUGGAAAAUUCACAAGGUGGCAUCGGCGAAAAUCGACUCCGGAGUAGCAGCGAAUCAGUAGCGGGAAUCCUAUUCGAGCAAAGAGAGGACCAAACGGCCGCCGCCGCCCCGGGACAGUGGGCUACGCGUUGUCCAAUCCCCAAUCUAGAGAACCCUAGAACCGGUAGGGGCGAAAUAUGAGAAAUGCUGUAACAACCAUCCGAUCAAGGCUUGCUGCGCUUCCCACCACCAUCACCACCACGACGACGACUACUUCGAUUGCGACCUCUCCACCGCGACGAUACUAGAGGGGAACGAACAAAGUAGGCGACGACGACUCCGGCUAACGGAACAAAAGAAUUGCACACGUGUGCGGGGGCCAUCAAGUGGUUCGUGACUUUGCGCGCAACGGACAGAGUGAGAGAGAGAGAGGGAGGGGCUUCGUAAUUCCGCGACUCGAGUCUGUGAGGAAAACGUGAUUAGUGGGUGAUUGGAUUGGUUUCUAUCUCUAAUAUACGAGAAAAGGUUGCGCUCGGUUACAUCUCUCGGGGGUGACUUGGUUAGUAAUUAGACGGCAAGAUUCUCGCCAGCCUAGUUAACGACAUGGCUGCCCAGCCAGCUUGUACCCGGUUUUCAGACAACUACGAGAUCAAGGAGGAGCUGGGAAAGGGUGCGUUCUCGAUUGUGAAACGAUGCGUACAGAAAUCGACGGGAUUCGAGUUUGCGGCCAAGAUCAUCAACACAAAGAAGCUAACGUCACGAGACUUUCAGAAGUUGGAACGGGAAGCCCGGAUAUGCCGGAAGUUGCAACAUCCGAACAUUGUCAGGCUGCACGACAGCAUCCAGGAGGAGAAUUACCACUAUCUAGUGUUCGAUCUGGUGACCGGUGGUGAGCUGUUUGAGGAUAUCGUUGCCCGGGAGUUCUAUUCAGAAGCGGACGCGUCGCACUGUAUACAGCAGAUCCUGGAAUCAGUGAAUCACUGCCAUCAGAAUGGGGUCGUGCAUCGGGAUCUGAAGCCGGAGAAUCUACUGCUAGCUAGUAAGGCCAAGGGUGCAGCCGUCAAGUUGGCCGAUUUCGGUCUAGCGAUCGAAGUCCAAGGUGACCAACAGGCAUGGUUCGGUUUUGCCGGUACGCCCGGUUACCUCUCGCCAGAAGUGCUGAAGAAGGAGCCAUACGGGAAAGCGGUCGACAUUUGGGCUUGCGGUGUUAUCCUUUACAUUCUGCUUGUUGGUUAUCCGCCGUUCUGGGACGAAGAUCAGCACCGAUUGUACGUGCAGAUCAAGGCCGGAACGUACGAUUACCCGUCACCUGAGUGGGAUACCGUAACGCCGGAAGCGAAAAACCUAAUCAACCAAAUGUUAACAGUUAACCCGUACAAACGGAUUACGGCAGCCGAAGCUCUCAAACACCCUUGGAUCUGCCAGCGCGAACGCGUCGCAUCGGUUGUGCACCGACAGGAGACCGUAGACUGCUUGAAGAAGUUCAACGCCCGGCGCAAGCUCAAAGGUGCCAUCCUCACUACGAUGCUCGCCACCAGAAACUUCUCCAGCAAGAGCAUAAUGGCCAAAAAGGGCGACGGUUCGCAAGUGAAAGAAUCUACCGACUCUUCCUCGACCACGGUCGAGGACGAUGACUGCAAGGCCCGCCGGCAGGAGAUUAUCAAGAUCACCGAACAGCUGAUCGAAGCCAUCAACAAUGGGGACUUCGAGACCUACACCAAAAUCUGCGAUCCGCACCUGACCUCGUUCGAGCCGGAAGCCCUGGGCAACCUGAUCGAGGGCAUGGACUUUCACAAGUUCAACUUUGAGAACGUGCUCGGCAAGAGCAAUAAGGCCAUCAACACGACGAUCCUGAACCCGCACGUGCACAUCUUCGGCGAGGACACGGCCUGCAUCGCGUACGUCCGGCUAACGCAGUACGUCGACAAGCAGGGACAUCCGCACACGGUGCAAACCGAGGAAACCCGGGUAUGGCACAAAAAGGACAACAAGUGGCAGAACGUGCACUUCCACGGCAGCCGCAACGGAAGCUUCAGCAACACGGCGACGCAGUACGACUUUGUCAAUCACAAGUAAAAAGCGCGGCGGCCCUAAAGAAGAAGAAAAAAAACCAAGGCAACGUCGGCGUCGGUCCCCGCCGAUCAACACCCGCACCGGCUGCGGAGGAGGGGGGUGUGGCCAAAUAUAGAAGAAUUUCGCUGCUGAAAGAGAGAGACACGCCGAAUGAGACGGAGAGAGCGAGAGCGAGAGAGCGCGUGAGCAAACAAACACAUACACGAACACACAAGUGGAAGAACGAAAAAUAAACACGGAACACUGAUGGAAAUCCAUGGAGCAAACAGAAAAAAAACGUAGUUAAAGAAGAAACCAAACAAAAAAGUCUUAAAUUUUGUGUAGGAUUUAGGAAAACUCGAUUGGAUUCGAUUGGAAGAGGGAUUAGAGCGAAUCGCGCGAAUAGGCAAACGAAGAUGAAAUAAAAGUGGUGCAAAAGUCGGUUAGUCGCAUGGGUGCGGAUCGAAAUCGAAAGAAGAAAAAACCCAAAGCUGUUUUGUUUACAUUAAUGGUAGAGGCAAAAUACAGAAAAAAUUUUGCUUGUUCAUUGAGAAACCAAAAACAA